AUGUCUUUCUUUUACGGGGUCAACGAGACCACGCCAACGAACUCAUCAUCAAUGAGUCCAACAGAUAAGACAAUCCUGCCGGGCCAUAACUUCAAGAACGCGUUCAUGACGAGCACCAUUGCAGUUGUUGUGAUUACAAUGAUCUGCCUAUUCACAAUCGCAUUGAUAAGUUGGCGCGUUCCCACCAUCGCCGAGCCUAAGGACCCAGAUAGCAAAGAAAUAGGCAAGAAACAUCCAUCAAGCGGAACCGGAGCAAUUUGUUGCUAUUUUAUCAUGAUUGACUGUCGUACUAGAUAUCUUUUAUUCGAACUCAUCAUCCGCAUCUGCACUGAACUCCGACUCACUGUUCCCUACGCCUUCAUCGCCAUCGACAUUCCCACUCGCUUCUUCCUUAUGCUUGCGGAGCUCCUCCUCCUCCUGUGUCUAUGGAAUAACACGGAAAUCAUCCGUCAGCGGCUCAACUUGAAGAAUGACGUUCUCUCCUACAUUUCGAGGCCAUUUGCCAUGAUUGGCGCCGUCACCAUCUUACUUGUCUUUUUCGUUGAGCGCAUCACAUUUAUAGUCAUGAUGGUGAAACAGGGUUUUCGAUGGGGGAGACCAGAUGCCCAGUACUACGCCAUUAGCCGCACGGCUUACGCAGGCGCAUGUCUACUUCUCUCUUCUAUGCUCUGGAUUAGAUUUAUCCGGAUGUGGUUCGUGUAUCGCAGGAGAGUGCGUAGUGGUUUCUUCACGGACAGAUGUGGGAAGGUAGUUCUCCACCUCUCCCUCAAAUUAAUCCCGCUUUUCCUCGUAGCAUACAUUGGACCUAUGAUCACUAUCCGCGCUGCAACAGCAUUUUGCUUUACCUUCUUCUUCCGCCUCAUGAAGAAGCGGCAAAAUCCAGACUUAGAACUCUUGCGUAUGGCGAUGGUCUGCCUGCCGUUCAUUGUUAUUGCCGUCGGUCUCGUGCUGAUCCGCAAGGAAGAUCUUGCUAUAAAGCUGAAAGAAACGACGGAAGGUUAUGCGUCUGAUAUAAAUCUUCUGCGAAUUGUUCAAAUGGAUUUUUGGGUAGAGCUGCAGGAGGCGAGGGAUUUGGAUGAUAUCAUUCUAGAGAAGAGGGAGUUGGAACCAAUUAUUAUAGGGAGAUCUGGACAUGGCAAGGGCAAGUUAAAAAUUCUAAACGAAGGCUCGCUUUGGCUUAAAGCAAAACUCUCAACUUAUCGCCAUCAUCCAUCAUCCACUUAUUUGUCGCUCUUACAGCUCGACUCCAACAUUAAAUGUAUAUCAAAUCGCGGCAAAGCCAUGGUAUCGACGGCUUCAAUAGGACUAGCAGGCAGUUCUAAAAACUUCAUUGAAAUAGGUGGGUGUAGUAUAUUCAAUCUAGUCCAAUAUAGGGAGAGUAUGGGUGUUACUGUCUCCUAA